AUGAACGAGAAGUUGGAGCGGUUGUUGCCUGAUUUGGCGAUAUUCAAGUACUCGAUUAGAAAUCCUGCGAGAUACGAUUUGCAGAUAGAUCUGGUGCAGUGUGUCCUGGAUCGGCUGAUUGAGACGGAAGGGGUGGUUCCUUUGAGAAGAGCGACGGAAGUAUUAAAGGAGUACUUCAACAAGAAGCGAAGCGGAGUCUGUCGGCAGUUGAACAUGUCGCCUGAAAAGAUACGCACGGUUGUCUUUGGCCUUGCCAAGCCAUUCGACAAGAGGAUCAGUAAGGUGGGAAUCAUCAAUCCAUCCUUCCGCUGCAUCAACAAAAGGAUGGAGAGCUACAUUCGGCGAGGAUUUCUGCUGAACGUGAGGCCAGUUUAUUUCGAGAGAAUACGCACUUGGUGGUGGGACGAUCGGAUCAAGCGGGGCUUCAUCCGCACAACCAAGGGAAGAGAAAUUGUGAAUCGAGCCGGCUGUCUCGUGCGCUUCCUUAUUUACUCGCAGGAGGACAGUAAAUUGGAGGAGUAUCGGUUUCAGCUUUACACAGAAAUAGCGGAGAGAAUCGGUAAAGCGAUUGAGGAGAGUGCGAAUGGAUGUGUUAACGUACUGACGGUAUCAUACGGUAUUUUCAACCUGACGCCGUUUUUCGUGGACGAGGGAAUCAUAGCUAACGUCGUUAUUGCUACAAGAGAGUUGCAGUUUGUUGAUCGGUGGACGAUCGCCUUUGUGGAGGAAAAAAAGCAGCGGAAGCCAAAGAAGUCUAAACAACGGGUUUCGAGCGACAGAGCAUCAUCCGCGGACUACCGUUACUUCUCUGGUGGGGACUACGUGUCGGACCAGCACAACAACUCUGACUCUAACGAGCGGAAACGAAUUGAGAAAAAUUCCUUGUCUCCGACAUCGAGCCGCGACAGCCAGUACGAGAGCCUGGAAUCGUCGAUUAACGAGCAAAAAUCUCGGUGA